AUGGCCUCGUUUCGCAAUUUGAGGACUCAGUACGCGUCACUCUUGAAAAAAUUUACCGCAUCAUCCCGGGACUUUGAAGUCCUCGCCACUAUCCCCGCCGAUGGCUGCCCCGCACCAAAGAUCCUAUAUGUGCUAGACUCAUCAUUUAACCCGCCAACCCGCGCGCAUCUCCGCAUAGCCAGCUCUGCACUUCUUGAGCGACUCGACUCGAGCUCCCGAUUACUGUUACUGCUUGCCACUCAAAAUGCAGACAAGCCUUCAAAGCCGGCCUUGUUCGAGGACCGGCUUGCCAUGAUGGAGAUGUUCGCACACGAUCUGCGUUCUCACCUGGCUACCAGUACCGCAGCUCCAGGGCACACUCCAUCUCUAGGGAACAUCCCCGCCAUUGACAUUGGGGUUACCAAGAAGCCAUACUUCGUUGACAAGGCCUCCGCUAUUGAGAACUCGGGGGCUUACCCCACACCGCUUGAACAGGUCCACCUCACAGGCUAUGAUACACUGAUCCGUAUUUUUAACCCAAAGUAUUACCCGCCCGAACAUACUUUGGCACCAUUGGCGCCGCUUUUCUCGCAGCAUCGCUUGCGGGUGACAUUAAGGCCUAGUGAUGAGUGGGGGAGUAAAGAUGAGCAGGAGGCUUUUCUCCUCGCUCUCGCCCGCGGAGAUCAGGAGAGUGAGGGCGGGAGGAGAGAAUGGGCGGAAAGAAUUCAGCUGGUUGAAGGAAGAAAACCAGAUCAAGAGCCGGUUAGCUCGACCAGAGCACGAGAGGCCAUACAGUCUGCAAGUGAUGAUUUGGAGUGGCUGGUUCCGGAGAACGUGCACCAAUUCUUACUUUCUGAAAAGCCAUACUCUGCAGAAAGCUCCCUGUAG